AUGAAGUGUUGGCCAACUCGUCGUGGCCAACUCUCGUCUCUGGGAGAACCUAGGACGAGCCGCGACUUCAACCGCCUGCUUGCCGGUCUCGAAAAUGCAUGCACUGCGAGGAACACCACCGCGCCUCGACUGGCCACACAACACUCAGGCAGUCUUCAACGAGCCGGCGCCAGCUCAUCGCCUUCGGAUCAACACCCGGUCUUAGGCAUAUGGAGCUGGUGCCUCGAGUCCCAUGCUCACAUUUAUUCGAAAACAACAAGCUUCUUAUGCAGCGUCUGGGCGCUAGCAGAUGAGGUACGGCUUGUUGGUGACGAAUACUGCGCGCCGCGUGAGGCAGCACUGCACCUAGGCUCUUGGGCGCAAGCGUGUCACACAAAUAGGAUUCGGGGGUUUUCAUUGGAAUACAUUGCAGCUGAAACAUUUGAUCAUGUGGACAUUCGUUGGCAUUGGCUAUGCCGGUGA